CCUAUAAUCUGCACAAUCCUCAAGACUAAGAUUAUUGUUCAACGUCAGUCCAAUCAAUAUCAAUCACCUAGCAGAUAAGAUUCCUCAAUUCUCUCCCCAACCAUUUCAUCCAUAACUCUUAUUUAUUUGAGCUCGGAGGUUCAGAUCUCAGCACUCACACAGAUGGCAGAGCUUAAGGAAAUGGUGCUGAAAGUUGACCUACAGUGUUCUAAGUGUUACAAAAAAGUGAAGAAAGUUCUUUGCAAAUUUCCCGAGAUACGAGACCAAGUUUACGACGAAAAGCAAAACACAGUGACAAUAAAAGUGGUGAGCUGCUGUCCUGAAAGACUCAUGCAAAAGAUACGCUGCAAAGGCUGUAAAGUAAUCAAGAGUAUCGAAAUCAAGCAGCCUAAAAAGCCUGAGCCUGCAAACCCAAAAAAAGAGCCUCCUCCUCCAGCACCAACACAGUCCAAGCCUCCUCCUCCACCACCAGAACACUGCAAACCUCCUCCACCAGCACCCUGUUACUCACCUUGCUGCCCGAAUUACCCCAAACCCUGUUACCCACCUUGCUACCUGAUUUACCCCACACCCUGUUACCCACCUUACUACCCGAAUUACUGCAGCUACUGUUGGGGACCGUGUCAUUGCAGGAGUCGUAGGGAUUGCUUUUGUGAAGAAAAUCCCUCAAAUUGCUUAGUUAUGUAACUGGAUUAAUGCUUGAUAUAUUCAUUGCUAUGAAUGUCAUGUGCUUGAUUAUCGCGAUCGAUAUUGUUUUUACUGAGGUCAUGAAUAAAAUUAAUCUUGCAAUUAAGC